GGCAUGACACUGUGCAAAACCUUACUCUGAUAGUCCCUUAUCUGCUCUGGGUCUCAGUUUCCUUUUUAUAAAAUGGAGACAUUGUCCUAAAUUAUCUCUAAGAUCCUGGGACCCCUAAGAACGAAGCACCAGCUGAAAGAGGUGACUCGAAGGAGGUUGAAAGGACUGAUUCACAACUCUCGGGGAGAAAGGCAACCCUUGGGAAUAAAGGUUCGGGUGGGGCUGUAGUCCGGCUUACUAGGAAAUGCCAGGCGGGCGAAUGGGAACCAGGGAGGGAACAGCUUGAAGCCUUUGACAUAGUUCCUGCUGGAGGGGCGGGGUGAGCGCUCACCCUUUAGUUGCUGCCAAGAACCGUGUUUGCUUUGGACCGCUCCCUAUUGCGCUCUCCUCUUUCUACUAGGAGGAUACCGGCUGUAGCUGACUCAGUUCGACCGCACAGGUCCCUUAACACUGAAAUGGCAAACUUCCAGGGCCAUGCCCUCCCAGGGAGUUUCUUCUUGAUCUUUGGCAUCUGGUGGUCAUUGAAAUACUCAUUCCGAUACUUAAAUCAGAAAGGAAAAAGUAGAAAGAUGAACUACUACUAUCGGAAGAUUGAAAUCAUCGAUGGAGGAAUGAGGGUCUUCUUUGCUGCAGUUGGGAUCCUUGCAGAGCAGUUUGUUCCAGAUGGCCCUCAUCUGCACCUGUACAAUGACCAUGACUGGAUAAAACUGAUGAACUGGCAACAUGGUACCAUGUAUCUGUUCUAUGGGAUUUCUGGCCUCAUGGACAUGCUCACUUUUCUUUUCCCCGUUGUUCCUCUGGGGCUGGACCGGCUUCUGAUGUCUUUGUCUGCAGUCAUUGAAGGAAUUCUCUUCUAUUAUCACGUCCAUAAUCGGCUACCAUUGGACCAGCAUAUCCACUUUCUUCUGUUAAUUACGGUGAUUGGAGGAGCCACUUCCACCUUGAUUGAAGUUUUCCUCAGGGACAAUAUAGUCCUGGAGCUCUUCCGAGCCAGCCUCUGCAUUGCCCAUGGCUCCUGGUUCUGGCAAAUUGGCUUUGUGCUGUAUCCACCUUCUGGGGGUCCUGCGUGGGACCAAACAUCUCACAGUAACAUCAUGUUUAUCACCAUGUGUUUCUGCUGGCACUACCUGGUUGCCAUAAUCAUUGUAGCCAUCAACUAUUCUCUGGUUUGUGGUUUAGUAAAUCGUUUGAAGAGAUCCAGAGGUGAAGAAAACAUUGGGAUCCAAAAGUUGACAUCAGGUUCCAAUCUUCAUGAAGCACUUCUGAAUGACACAGAUGAGGAGUAAGGCUCAAGGAUUGAGGAGACCUAUGAACACAAGCAGUUGGAGCAGAUACCUUCCCUUCCCUCCAUGUAUCUCAUUCUCAGCCAUGCAAUAACUGUGCAGCUCACAGGAAAUGUACAGCCCUCACAGUUGCCCAUCUUCAUUCUUAUACUUUGCAAAAUUGUGGAAUCCAAAAGGAGAACACUGGCUUUUGAAAGACAAAGACUGAAAUUAUUCUUGUCUUCUUAAAACACACUGACACUUGUUUGUGGACUGAGACACAGUACAGAAAUGGUUACACCUUUUGCACUCCAUCUAGUCCUUCUGACUCGCUGAGUCAUUGGGAUAGGGGCUAUUUUGUCUAGUAGAAAAAUAGGAAUUGUAUUUAUACUCAGGGAUAGAAAGUUUGGCUACCUAAUGUGUAUUUUUAUUCCCAAUUAUCCAGGACCAGCUUAGGGGCCUUCUGUAUGUCUCAGUGAGUUGAUUUUUUAAAAAAUUACAAACCAAGUCUCUAUUGGUGUGGUAUCAUUUGUAUUCAAAGGUUAAAGAAAUUAUUUAUAUAAAGAGUAAACCACAGUAUGCUGUUUGGGAAAAGAAAGUAUUAUAUUUGGGCUCUCAAAACAAAGAUUAGUCAGUCAUUCAGUAAGCAUUUAUUAAGCACCUACUAUGUUCUAGACACUAUGCUAAGUGCUGAGGAAGGAAAAAAAUUCUUUGACUUCAAGGAGUUCACAAUCUAGGGGGAAAUAACAGCAAAUAUAUACCAACAAGCUAUUUAUAAAGAUAAAUAGAAAAUAAUUAAAGAAGGGAAGGUAAAAGAAUUAAGAGGAGUUGGGAAGGCUUCCUGUAGAAUUAUGGAAUUUAAACUGAGACUUGAAAAAUGCUAACUAAGGAAGCAAAGAGAUGAAGAUAGAGAGGGAGAGCAUUCCAGGCAUUGGGGACAGCCAUAGAAAAUGCCCUAGAGAUGGAUAUUGCUAGAAAUAAAUUGACGUGUUCAUAGAAUAGCAAAGAGGCAAGUGUCCCUGGAUCAAAGAAUAUCCAUCUGGCAGUGAAUAAUUGCAAAAAUAGGUGAGAACUAAGUUAUGAAGGGCUUUGAACACCAAACAAGAUCUUGUGUUUGAUUCCAAUGGUGACAGGGAGCCAAUGGACAUCUGCACUUUAGGGAAAUUUCUCUGGUGGCUGAAUGGAGAAUGGGGAUAGACUUAAAGCAGGCAGUCCUAUCAAUAGGUUAUUAACAAUAGUCCAAGCAUGGGGCAAUGAGGGCCUACUCAAUGUGGUGGCCUUAUGAGAAGAAGCCAUAUUUAAGAGACGCAGAGGUGAAAUCAGCAGACCAUGGAAACAGAUUGGUCAUAGGAGUAGGUGGAAUAAGAGACUGUGAGAAUUUAAGAAUGUUAGGUUUUGCACCUAGAGAACUAAAAUGAUGGUGCCCUCAACUGUAACAGAAGUUUGGGAGAGGCAGAGGCUUUAGGGGGGAAAGACAAUGAAGUUGGUGUUGAACAUGUUGAUAUGGAUGGAUAUAGGAUGUCUAAAAGGCAACUAUAGAUGCAAGACACAGAUAGAUCAGUAGAGAGUUAGGACUAGAUAAAUAUAUUUGAAAAUCAUCAAUAUAGAGAUAUAAUUAAAACCAGGGGAAUAAAUGUCAUCACCAAGUAAAAUAGUGUAGAAGAGAAGGCCUAAGAUUCCAGAUCAUGUGAAUAGCAAGAUGGGAGACUAGAAUUUUUAUGAUCACCAUAAUCUCUCAUACCUCUUCAAAACGGAAAUUAUAUGUGAAAGGCAAAGCAACUUCAGCAGUCCUGAAAGCCUAGGGCACCCAUAAUGCCAAAUACAGUUAAAGAAAACAAAAUAUCCCAUGAAUUUACACUCAGUGACCUCAAACUAACUUAAUCCCCUUUCCCUCCCACCCAUGACACUGGGAAGGAGGAGACAUUAGUAGAAUGAAGAACUCAACACAUGGGUCAGAGCAUGCAACAAUCCCUCCCCCAUUACGAGCCCCCCUUCCCUCUUUCCAGUGCCAUGAAGAUACUGCUGCAGACUCUAGAAAUUUGGCAGUAAUAACUCUACCACAACCUUUCAGAAAUAAAAACCUGUCAAGAACCAUAACUCUAUAGUUACAGUACGGCAAAGCUCUGAACCAGGGAAACAACUCCGUAAUACCAGAAAAGCUAGUCCUGGGACAAACAAGCCCAUAGUACCAGUGCUGCAAAGCUCAGAACUGCCAGUGCUGGGCCAAAGAACUAAGGAAGAAAGGGAACAAGAUAGGACAUGACAAUAGAACAUUGUGUGUAUGAAGGUUGUAUGGCACUAGACUAAGCCAGAGGAAACCAUCACAGCAUUAAUCUGGGGACAAUUCUUUCCAUCCAAAAAUUAUUUGGGGCAGAGACGUAGGCUGGUGAACCAUGAAUUAUUCAGCUAUGGCAGAGCCUGGGUCGCUUUGAGAUUUACCCCUUAGGUAAAUCAAACCCAGAGGAGAGACAUUUAGAAAGUGAAUGACUAGGGAAAUAAGGAAGUGGGAACUGGAAGACUGAAAUUUCAAGAAAAAGAAAAAUCAAAGACCUUCAACACAAGCAAAUAACAAGGAAAGCCAUAAUAAUAGAAGGAGAUACGGAUUCUAGAUCUUGUAAAAAACGUUCAGGAACCUAGAAUUGCAAAACAUAGGAAAAAUGAUCCUCCUCUUGAUGACACAGAGAACCCUGUGGAAUGUGAGAAGAACAUGGAACCACAGCACACUGUUCCCUGAGUGGUUUGAAAAAGAAAUGAGAAUUUAAGAGCACAAUUGAUGGCUUGCACAGAAAAAAUAAUGCACAGAAUAGAAGAACUGGAACUUGCAAUGGCAAGCCUGACAAAAAAAACAAAAACAAAGAGGCAA